AGGCAGAUUCUAAACCACUGUGCCACCAGGGAAGUCCCUAUAAGUUUGUUUGUACCAUUUUAUUAUAUUCCACAUAUAAACGAUAUGAUAAUGAUAUUUGUCUUUCUCUGUCUGACUUAUUUCACUUAGUAUGAUAAUCUCUGGUCCAUCCAUGUUGCUGCAAAUGGCAUUAUUUCAAUCUUUUUUCUUUUUUUUAAAUCCUUUUACUUUUUUAAAAUUUAUUUAUUUUAUUUUUGGCUGCACGCGGGCUUUUCUCUAGUUGAGGCGAGUGGGGGCUACUCUUCAUUGCGGUGCACAGGCUUGUCAUUGCAGUGGCUUCUCUUGUUGUGGAGCACAGGCUCUAGGUGUGUGGGCUCACUAGUUGUGGCGCACGGGCUUAAUUGCUCUGUGACAUGUGGGAUCUUCCCAGACCAAGGUUCGAACCUGUGUCCCCUGCAUUGGCAGGUGGAUUCUUAACCACUGUGCCACCAGGGAAGCCCCUAUUUCAAUCUUUUUAAUGGCUGAGUGAUGUUGCAUUGUAUAUAUGUACCACUUCUUCUUUAUCCAUUCCUCUGUCGAUGGACAUUUAAAUUGCAUCCAUGUCUUGGCUAUUGUAAAUAGCACUGUAAUGAACAUUGGGAUGUAUGUAUCUUUUCAAACGAUGAUUUUCUCUGGAUAUAUGCCCAGGAGUGGGAUCACUGGAUCAUAUGGUAGCUCUAUUCUUAGUUUUUUAAGGAACCUCCAUAUUGUCCUCCAUUGCGGCUGUACCAAUUUACAUUCCCACCAACAGUGUAGGAGGCUUCCCUUUUCUCCACACACUCUCCAGCAUUUGCUCUUUGUAGACUUUUUGAUGGUGGCCAUUCUGACUAGUGUGAGGUGAUAUCUCGUAGUUUUGAUUUGCAUUUCUCUACUAAUUAGCGAUAUUGAGCAUCUUUUCAUGUGCCUCUUGGCCAUCUGUAUGUCUUCUUUCAAGAAAUGUCUAUUUAGGUCUUCUGAUCAUUUUUUUUUAAACAUCUUUAUUGGAGUAUAAUUGCUUUACAAUGGUGUGUUAGUUUCUGCUUUAUAACAAUGUGAAUCAGUUAUACAUAUACAUAUGUCCCCAUAGCUCUUCCCUCUUGCAUCUCCCUCCCUCCCACCCUCCCUAUCACAUUCUGAUCAUUUUUUGAUUGGGUUCUUUUUUUGAUAUUGAGCCACAUGAGCUGUUUGUAAAUUUUGGAGAUUUUUUUCAUUUCAGUUAUUUUAUUGUAAUUCUCUGUUUGUUCUUUAGUUCUUCUAGUUCUUUGUUAAACAUUUCUUUUAUCUUCUUGAUCUGUGCCUCCAUUCUUUUUCCAAGAACUUAGAUCAUCUUUACUAUCAUUUCUCUGAAUUCUUUUUCUGGUAGAUUGCCUAUCUCUGCUUCACUUAGUUGUUCAUCUGGGGUUUUAUCUUGUUCCUUCAUCUGGGACAUAUUCCUCUGCCGUCUCAUUUUGUCUAACUUUCUGUGAUUGCGGUUUCUAUUCCACAGGCUGCAGGGUUGUAGUUCUUCUUGCUUUUGCUGUCUGCCUCCUGGAUGAGGCUGUCUAAGAGGCUUGAGCAGGCUUCCUGGUGGGAGGCACUGCUUCCUGCCCACUGGUGGGUGUUGCUGGGUCUUGUCCCUCUGGUGGGAGGGGCCAUGUCAAGGGGUGUGUUUAGUGGACAGUUGUGUUCUCAGGAAGACUCUAAGCAGCCCGCCUGCUGAGGGUGGGGCUGUGUUCCUGCCCUAUCACCUGAUGCAUCCCAGCACUGGAGCCCAUAGGCUGUUAGGUGGGGCCAGCUCCUGGCAAGAAAAGGGUGGCCUCCAGGAGAGUUCAGGCCAAUGAGUACUCCCCAGAACUACAGCUGCCAGUGUCCUUUUUUUUUUAAUUUAAUUUUUUUUGUCCUUUUUUUUUGAAUUUUAUUUUAUUUAUUUUUUUAUACAGCAGGUUCUUAUUAGUUAUUUAUUUUAUACAUAUUAGUGUAUACAUGUCAAUCCCAAUCGCCCAAUUCACACACACCCCCACCAACCCUCCCACCACCACUUUCCCCGCUUGGUGUCCAUACGUUUGUUCUCUACAUCUGUGUCUCUAUUUCUGCCUUGCAAACUGGUUCAUCUGUACCAUUUUUCUAGAUUCCACAUAUAUACGUUAAUAUACGAUAUUUGUUCUUGUCUUUCUGACUUACCUCACUCUGUAUGACAGUCCCUAGGUCCAUCCACAUCUCUGCAAAUGACCCAACUUCUUUCCUUUUUAUGGCUGAGUAAUAUUCCAUUGUAUAUAUGUACCACAUCUUUAUCCAUUCGUCUGUCAAUGAGCAUUUAGGUUGCUUCCAUGACCUGGCUAUUGUAAAGAGUGCUGCAGUGAACAUUGCGGUGCAUGUGUCUUUUUGAAUUAUGGUUUUCUCUGGGUAUAUGCCCAGUAGUGAGAUUGCUGGGUCAUACGGUAAUUCUAUUUUUAGUUUUUUAAGGAACCUCCAUACCAUUCUCCAUAGUGGCUAUAUCAAUUUAUAUUCCCACCAAUGGUGCAAGAGGGUUCCCUUUUCUCCACACCCUCUCCAGCAUUUGUCGUUUGUAGAUUUUCUGAUGAAGCCCAUUCUAACUGGCAUGAGGUGAUACCUCUUUGUAGUUUUGUUUGCAUUUCUCUAAUGAUUAGUGAUGUUGAGUAGCUUUUCAUGUGCCUCUUGGCCAUCUGUAUGUCUUCUUUGGAGAAAUGUCUAUUUAGGUCUUCUACCCAUUUUUGGAUUGGGUUUUUUGUUUUUUUAAUAUUGAGCUGCAUGAGCUGUUUAUAUAUUUUGGAGAUUAGUCCUUUGUCCAUUGAUUUGUUUGCAAAUAUUUUCUCCCAUUCUGAGGGUUGUCUUUUCAUCUUGUUUAUAGUUUCCUAUACUGUGCAAAAGCUUUUAAGUUUCAUUAGGUCCCAUUUGUUUAUUUUCAUUUUUAUUUCCAUUUCUCUAGGAAGUGAGUCAAAAAAGAUCUUGCUGUGAUUUAAGUCAAAGAGUGUUCUUCCUAUGUUUUCCUCUAAGAGUUUUAUAGUGUCCAGGCUUACAUUUAGGUCUUUAAUCCAUUUUGAGUUUAUUUUUGUGUAUGGUGUUGGGGAAUGUUCUAAUUUAAUUCUUUUUUUUUUUUUUGCGGUACGCGGGCCUCUCCCGUUGUGGAGCACAGGUUCCGGAUGUGCAGACUCAGCGGCAUGGCUCACAGGCCUAGCCGCUCCGCGGCAUGUGGGAUCUUCCCGGACCGGGUCACAAACCCACAUCCCCUGCAUCGGCAGGCGGACUCUCAACAACUGCGCCACCAGGGAAACCCUAAUUCUUUUACAUGUGGCUGUCCAGUUUUCCCAGCACCACUUAUUGAAGAGGCUGUCUUUUCUCCAUUGUAUAUUCUUGCCUCCUUUAUCAAAGAUAAGUUGAUCAUAUGUGUGUGGGUUUAUCUCUGGGCUUUCUAUCCUCUUCCAUUGAUCUAUAUUUCUGUUUUUGUGCCAGUACCAUAUUGUCUUGAUUACUGUAGCUUUGUAGUAUAGUCUGAAGUCAGGGAGUCUGAUUCCUUCAGCUCUGCUUCUUUCCCUCAAGAUUGCUUUGGCUAUUCCGGGUCUUUUGUGUCUCCAUACAGAUUUUAAGAUUUGUUUUUGUUCUAGUUCUGUGAAAAAUGCCAUUGGUAAUUUGAUGGGAUUGCAUUGAAUCUAUAGAUUGCUUUGGGUAGUAUAGUCAUUUUCAUAAUAUUGAUUCUUCCAAUCCAAGAACAUGGUAUAUCUCUCCAUCUGUUUGUGUCAUCUUUGAUUUCUUUCAUCAGUGUCUUAUAGUUUUCUGAGUACAGGUCUUUUAUCUCCUUAGGUAGGUUUGUUCCUAGGUAUUUUAUUCUUUUUGUUGCAGUGGUGAAUGGGAUUGUUUCCUUAAUUUCUCUUUCUGACCUUUUGUUGUUAGUGUAUAGGUAUGCAAGAGAUUUCUGUGCAUUAGUUUUGUAUCCUGCAACUUUACCAAAUUCAUUGAUUAGCUCUAGAAGUUUUCUGGUGGCAUCUUUAGGAUUAUCUAUGUAUAGUGUCAUGUCAUCUGCAAAUGGUGCCAGUUUUACUUCUUCUUUUCCAAUUUGUAUUCCUUUUAUUUCUUUUUCUUCUCUGAUUGCCCUGGCUAGGACUUCCAAAACUAUGUUAAAUAAUUAUGGCGGGAGCGGACAUCCUUGUCUUGUUCCUGAUCUUAGAGGAAACGCUUUCAGUUUUUCACCAUUGAGAAUGAUGUUUACUGUAGGUUUGUUGUAUAUGGCCUUUAUUAUGUUGAGGUAGGUUCCCUCUAUGCCCACUUUCUGGAGAGUUUUUAUCAUAAAUGGGUGUUGAAUUUUGUCAAAAGCUUUUUCUGCAUCUAUUGAGAUGACCAUAUGGUUCUUAUUCUUCAAUUUGUUAAUAUGGUGUAUUACAUUGAUUGAUUUGUUGCCAGUGUCUUUGUCCCCACAGUGAGCUACAGCUGCCCCCAGCCUCCGCAGGAGACCCUCCAAUACUAACAGAUCUUCGGUCCACCUGGAAUUUAUUUUUGUAUCUAGUGUAAGCCGGAGCCGCGGGGGCGCCAGUGCCGCGAGUCGAGCGGGAGGAGAGGAGGCGAGGGAGGAGGGCCAGAGAGGCAGUUGAAAGAUGGCGGACGAGGCGGCGCUCGCCUUUCAGCCCGGCGGCUCCCCCUCGGCAGUGACGGCUGAGAGGGAGGCCCCGUCGCCUCCUACCGGGGAGCCGCUCCGCAAGAGGCCGCGGAGAGACGGCCCCGGCGUCGGGCGGAGCCCGGGCGAGCCCGGCGGGGCGGCCCCCGAGCGUGAGCUGCCGGCGGCGGCCGGCGGCUGCCCGGCGGCGGCGCUGCGGCGGGAGGCCCAGGCGGCGGCGGCCGGAGACGGAGACAAUGGGCCGGGCUUACAGGGCCUAUCCCGGGAGGCGCCGCCGGCCGACGACUUCUACGACGACGACGACGACGAGGGCGAGGAGGAGGAAGAGGCGGCGGCGGCUAUUGGGUACCGAGAUAACCUUCUGUUUGGUGAUGAAAUCAUCACCAACGGUUUCCAUUCGUGUGAAAGUGAUGAGGAUGAUAGAGCCUCACAUGCGAGUUCUAGUGACUGGACUCCAAGACCACGGAUAGGUCCAUAUACUUUUGUUCAGCAACAUCUCAUGAUUGGCACAGAUCCUCGAACGAUUCUUAAAGAUUUACUACCAGAAACAAUUCCUCCACCUGAAUUGGAUGAUAUGACACUGUGGCAGAUUGUUAUUAAUAUCCUUUCAGAACCACCAAAAAGGAAAAAAAGAAAAGAUAUUAAUACAAUUGAAGAUGCUGUGAAAUUACUGCAAGAGUGCAAAAAAAUAAUAGUUCUAACUGGAGCUGGGGUUUCUGUUUCUUGUGGAAUACCUGACUUCAGGUCAAGAGAUGGUAUUUAUGCUCGCCUUGCAGUAGACUUUCCAGACCUUCCAGAUCCUCAAGCAAUGUUUGACAUUGAAUAUUUCAGAAAAGAUCCAAGACCAUUCUUCAAGUUUGCAAAGGAAAUAUAUCCUGGACAAUUCCAACCAUCUCUUUGUCACAAAUUCAUAGCCUUGUCAGAUAAGGAAGGAAAACUACUUCGCAACUAUACUCAGAACAUAGAUACACUGGAACAGGUUGCAGGAAUCCAAAGGAUAAUUCAGUGUCAUGGUUCCUUUGCAACAGCAUCUUGCCUGAUUUGUAAAUACAAAGUUGACUGUGAAGCUGUACGAGGAGAUAUUUUUAAUCAGGUGGUUCCUCGAUGUCCUAGGUGCCCAGCUGAUGAACCACUUGCUAUCAUGAAACCAGAGAUUGUCUUUUUUGGUGAAAAUUUACCAGAACAGUUUCAUAGAGCCAUGAAGUAUGACAAAGAUGAAGUUGAUCUUCUCAUUGUUAUUGGGUCUUCCCUGAAAGUAAGACCAGUAGCACUAAUUCCGAGUUCCAUACCCCAUGAAGUGCCUCAGAUAUUAAUUAAUAGGGAACCUUUGCCUCACCUGCAUUUUGAUGUAGAGCUUCUUGGAGACUGUGAUGUCAUUAUUAAUGAAUUGUGUCACAGGUUAGGUGGUGAAUACGCCAAACUUUGCUGCAACCCUGUAAAGCUUUCAGAAAUUACUGAAAAACCUCCACGAACACAAAAAGAAUUGGCUCACUUGUCAGAGUUGCCACCCACACCCCUCAAUAUUUCAGAAGGCUCAAGUUCACCAGAAGGAACCUCACCAGCAGAUUCUUCAGUGAUUGUCACUCUUUUAGACCAAGAAACAAAGAGUAAUGUUGAUGAUCCAGAUGCGUCUGAAUCAAAAAACUGUGUCGAAGAAAAAUUACAGGAAGUACAGACUUCUGCUAGGAGCAUUGAAAGUGUUAAUGAACAGUUGGGGAGUCCGGAUUUGAAGAAUGUUGCCUCCAAUACUGGGGAGAAAAAUGAAAGAACUUCAGUUGCUGAAACAGUGAGAAAAUGCUGGCCAGCUAGACUCGCAAAGGAGCAGAUUAGUAAACGGCUUGAUGGUAAUCAAUAUCUGUUUUUACCACCAAACCGUUAUAUUUUCCAUGGUGCUGAGGUAUAUUCAGACUCUGAAGAUGAUGUCUUAUCCUCUAGUUCUUGUGGCAGUAACAGUGAUAGUGGAACAUGCCAGAGUCCAAGUUUAGAAGAACCUAUGGAGGAUGAAAGUGAGAUUGAAGAAUUUUACAAUGGUUUGGAAGAUGAUGCUGAUGUUAAUGAGAGAGCCGGAGGAACUGGAUUUGGAGCUGAUGGAGGUGAUCAAGAGGCAGUUAAUGAAGCUACAUCUAUGAAACAGGAAGCAACAUGCAUUAACUAUCCAUCGAACAAAUCAUAAUGUAAUAUUUGUCCAGGUACAGGAAUUGUUCCACCAGCAUUAGGAUCUUGAGCAUGUCAAAUUGAAUGUUUACUUGUGAACUCAGUAGAGCAAGGACACCAGAAAGGUAUAUUAUUUAUAGACUGGUAAAACAGUUUUUUUCCCCCAUGGGUAAUUUUUAACUUACUUAUUUCUGUGCUUAUACACUCAAACACUAACUCUUUUUUUAAAACAGAAAGGUACCUAAGUAUCUUUAAUCAGCUGUUGGACAAGACUUUCUUUUAAAGGUUCAUUUGUAUGAUACAUCCAUAUGUAUAUAUAAUUUUGUUUUUGCCUAGUGAGGUUCAACAUUUUAAAAUUUUCAAAAAGCCAUUGGAAUGUUAAAUUAAUGUAAAGGGAACAGCUAAUCUAGACCAAAGAAUGGUAUUUUCACACUUUUCUUUGUAACACUGAAUGGUUUGAAAUCCUCAUUCUCUGUUCCGCUAAACUUUUGAUUCUUUAUUAGCACAAUUACCUAUUUUCAAACACUGGCAUUUUCCAGAACUUGUGGCAGCUAACUUUUAAAAAUAUCUCAUGACAUGCAAUCUGAGUAGAAGGAAGUCAACAAUAUGUGGGAGAGCACUCAGUUGUCUUUGCUUUUUAAAGUGAGACUUGGUGCUAACAGUUUCAGGAAUAUUGUAUUUGUUCAAAUGAAGAUGGCUUUUGUACUUCCUGUGGACAUAUAGUAAUGUCUAUAUUGGCUUAUAAAACUAACCUAAAAAACAAAUAAAUGCUUUGGAAAUGUUUCAAUUGCUUUAGAAACAAUAGUGCCUGCCUGGGUCCCCUUAGUUUUGAGAAUAUUUGCCAUUGUUGUUUAAAUAUACCUAUCAAUCAAUCACAGUGGUAGAGCUUGCAUUGAUCCUUUCCAUAAGUAUUAAACUGCCAAGAUGUGAAUUUUGCAAAGCCUUUAUGAAUCAAUAAUAAUGGUACUUCAACUGGGGGGGAGAGUGUAGUAUUUUGGACUGUUACCUCUCCCCCCGCCCCCCAUUAAUGAGAGCAGCAGACCCCCUGAUUACAGUUUCAAAGCCAGUAAGUACAUGUUUCCUGUUGGGAGGAUUUGGUGUGUAAUAAACACCAAACAACUAGCCUAGUAUUAUGGAGAUGAGCGUGGUGUAACUUGUAAUAGCAGAAUAGUUAAUUAAACUAGUUCUUAUAACGUAUUUAAAAGCUUAGCCUGCCUUAAAACUAGAGAUCAACUUUUUCAGCUGCAGAAGCUUCUAGCCUUUCAAAACAGUUCAUACUUUAUAAAAUUGCACAGUAAGAAUUUAUUUUGCAGACCUUUCCCCCAACAUUGCUUUCAAAUAAAGUAUUCCUGUGUUGCUUUAGUAUUUAUUACAGCUUAACAAAAAGGGUUUGAAAUAUAGCUGUUCUUUAAGCAUAAAAUACCCAGCUAGGACCGUAACUGCCAGAGAAAAGAAUUUUAUUGAAUGGCCAUUUCCCUACCUGAAAGAUGUCUCAAUCUGAAUUUGACUACACUAAAGAAUGCAGUAUAUUUAGUUUGCCAUUUGCAUGAUCUGUGUUUGUGCUAUAGAUAAUAUUUUAAAUUGAAAAAUUUGUUUUAACUUAUUUUUACAGUGAAGACUGUUUUCAGCUCUUUUUAUAUUGUACAUAGUCUUUUAUGUAAUCUACUGGCAUAUGUUUUGUAGACUGUUUAAUGACUGGAUAUCUUCCUUCAACUUUUGAAAUACAAAACCAGUGUUUUAUACUUGUACACUGUUUUAAAGUCUAUUAAAAUUGUCAUUUGACUUUUUUCUGUUUAAGGUAUAAAA